CUGUGCAGGCUCCAGCACAGCAUUCUUGUCCCUGUCCCUGCUGAGUCCGGGGCAAGCAGAGAGCAGGGACCCUCUCGUCCUCUGGAAUCUUCUCCCCAGAGACACCUACGUGGGCAUGGCUGCUUCUGUCGUUGCUCUCACAGCCAUGACUCUACCACACAACCCAGGACAUGUGGGGGAGCCCCGGCCCCCCCAGGCCAUGGAGGUCCACAGGCUGGAGCACCGCCAGGAGGAGGAGCAGAAGGAGGAGAGGCAGCACAGCCUGCACAUGGGCUCCUCGGUGCACAGGCGGACCUUCCACAGCAGCGAGGAAGAAUACCAGUUCACUGCUGUGGACUACGCCCUCGCAGCAGCCCUGGCGCUGACGGCCUCCUCGGAGACAUCUUGGGAGGCCCAACUCAGGCACCAGACUACCUCCGUGGAGCUGGAGGAGCGAGGGCAGAAGCGGGUGGGCUUCGGCAACGACUGGGAGAGGACGGAGAUUGCCUUCCUGCGGACCCAGUGGCUGCUGCGCCAGAGAUGCAACCGGAAGGCGCUAAGACGGCGGGCAGAAGAGAAGGUCCGGGAGGCCAAGGAGCUGAGAGAGCUGUGCUCCGGCCGGGGGCCCUGGUUCUGGAUCCCACUGCGCUCCCACGCCGUCUGGGAGCACGCCACAGUCCUGCUGACCUGUACUGUCCAGGCCUCACCCCCACCCCAGGUCACCUGGUACAAAGAUGACAUGCGAAUCGAUCUCCGCCUCUUCCCUGCGGGAAAGUACCGAAUCACCAACAACUACGGGCUGCUGACGCUGGAGAUUAGGAGAUGCACCAUUGAGGACGCAGCCACCUACACGGUGAUCGUGAAGAACGCCUAUGGCCAGGCCUCCUCCUUUGCCAAAGUCCUUGUCCGCACUUACCUGGGGAAGGAUGCUGGCUUCGACUCAGAGAUCUUUAAAAGAUUGAAACUUGGCCCCAACGUGGAAUUCACAUCAGUGCUAAAGCCAACUUUUGCCCGUGAGAAGGAGCCCUUCUCCCUGUCCUGCUUAUUCUCAGAAGAUGUGUUAGAUGCUGAGCAGAACAUUCAGUGGUUCCGAGAUGGUGAGGACCCCGAAUCAUGGUCCCCGGCUUCCAGAGGCAGAGGUGGAAGCCAGAGAGGCCUGGCUCCAUCCCCAACCCUGGGUCCCCUUCGCGGAGAGAGAAGCUUAGGCAUGCCCACCCUCCAGUACAAGCCGAGUUAUGGGUGUACCAGCCCAGCCCUUUACAUCCGUGGGGUCCUCAUCAGCAUCCUGAGGGGACCAGGCCUGCGGCCAGAGCACAAGGAGUUCAGCCCCGCCCCCAGCACCCCUGCUGUGGNGUGCCUCCAGGGCCUGCUGUACAGGCGGGGCACUGAAGCCCAGAGAAAGGGCAAGCGGAGUCUGAGGUCUGAUGCUGCAGCUGAGAAGCCAGGGGCCCCGGGCUCCCCUCUGAAUUUGCGAUGCCUGGAUGUGAACAGAGACUGCCUCAUCCUGACCUGGACUCCACCCAGCGACACCAGGGGCAGCCCCAUAACCAGCUACUCCAUCGAGCGCCGCCUCCCACACACCCUGUACCUCCUACUUCUCCCCCCACGUGCUCCUUUCUCCACCCUAGAGAUCUCCUUUGAUCUGGGAAGGAAGAUCACGGUCAGCACAGAUGAAUUUGAAGAUUUUGUGACCAUCCCCUCACCUCCGACCAAUGUCCAUGCCAGCGAGAUCCGUGAGGCCUAUGUGGUUCUGGGCUGGGAGGAGCCGCGUCCCCGGGGCAAAGCCCCAUUGACAUAUUCCCUGGAGAAGUCAGUCACAGGUAGUGGCACCUGGGAGGCCAUCCGCUCAGAAACUCCUGUGAAGUCCCCAAAAUUCGCCCUUUUGGAUCUGGAGAAAGGGAAGUCAUACGUCUUCAGAGUGCGAGCAAUAAACCAGUACGGCAUGAGUGACCCCUCGGAGCCCAGCGAGCCCAUCACCUUGAAGGGGAAGCCAGCUACUCUCCCUCCUCCAGCUCAAGUUCAAGCUUUCCGAGAUACACAGACCUCUGUGUCCCUGACCUGGGAUGCAGUGGAAGGCGGUCCUGAGCUCCUAGGUUACUACAUUUACUCACGGCCGGCGGGAUCAUCUGAGUGGCAAACAGUUAACAACAAACCUAUCCAGGACAACAAGUUUACAGUUCCUGGGCUGAGGACAGGGAAGGAGUAUGAGUUCUGUGUCAGGUCAGUCAGUGAGGCCGGGGUCGGCGAGAGUUCAGCUGCCACGGAACCCAUCAGAGUCAAGCAGGCGCUGGCUACACCAUCUGCCCCAUAUGACUUCGCCCUCCUGAGCUGUGGGAAAAAUGAUAUGGUCAUUGGGUGGAAAGCCCCCAAGCGUUGUGGAGGUGGCAAGAUCCUGGGCUACUUCCUGGACCAGCAUGACUCAGAGGAGCUGGACUGGCACCCGGUCAACCAGCAGCCUAUGCCCACCCGAGUGUGCAAGGUCAGUAACCUUCAUGAAGGCCACUUCUAUGAGUUCCGUGCCCGGGCAGCCAACUGGGCAGGUGUUGGUGAGCUGUCGGCGCCCAGCAGCCUAUUUGAGUGCAAAGAAUGGACAAUGCCCCAGCCAGGACCCCCGUAUGAUGUGCGGGCGUUUGAGGUGCGGGCCACUUCCCUGAUGCUGAGGUGGGAGCCCCCACUGUACACGGGGGCUGGGCCCGUCACAGGCUACCGCAUCAGUUUCCGGGAGGAAGGCUCUGAGCAAUGGAAGCCAGUCACUCCAGACCCCGUCUCUGGCACCCACCUGAGGAUUUCUGACCUGCAGCCGGGGAAGAGCUAUGUGUUCCAGGUACAGGCCAUGAACUCAGCGGGUCUGGGCCAACCAUCCGUGCCCACUGACCCUGUACUCCUGGAGGACAAGCCAGAUGCCCGGGAGAUUGAGGUUGGUGUGGAUGAAGAGGGCUUUAUCUACUUGGCUUUCGAAGCCCCCGAAGCCCCUGACUCCUCGGAGUUUCAGUGGUCCAAGGACUACAAGGGCCCACCAGAUCCCCAGAGAGUCAAAACCGAGGAGGAAGUUAACAAGUCCAAGAUCAUCCUGAAAGAACCUGGCCUUGAGGAUUUGGGCACCUACUCGGUGGUGGUCACCGAUGCUGACGAAGACAUCUCAGCGAGCCACACUCUGACCCAAGAAGAGCUGGACAAACUGAAGAAGUUGAGCAAUCUGGUCAGAAACCCAGUGAUCAAGCUCAUCUCCGGCUGGAACGUUGACGUCCUAGAGCAAGGAGAGGUGCGGCUUUGGCUGGAAGUAGAAAAGUUAUCUCCAGCCGCUGAGCUGCAUCUAAUCUUCAACGAGAAGGAGAUCUUCAGCUCACCGAACCGCAAAAUCAAUUUUGACCGCGAGAAGGGCCUGGUGGAAGUGAUCAUCCAGCACUUGACUGAGGAUGACAAGGGGACAUAUACUGCUCAGCUCCAAGAUGGAAAAGCCAAAAACCAGAUCACCCUGGCACUGGUGGACGACGAUUUUGACAAACUACUGAGGAUGGCAGAUGCUAAGAGAAGAGACUGGAAGAGGAAACAGGGUCCCUAUUUCGAGGAGCCCUUGCAGUGGAAGGUCACGGAGGACUGCGAAGUGCUGCUGACGUGCAAGGUGACCAACACCAAGAAGGAAACCCAAUUCCAGUGGUUCUUCCAGAAGAAAGAGAUACCGAAUGGUCAAUACGACCCACAGACUGGAGGAGGGCUUCUCUGCAUCAAGGAGCUGUCCAAGGAGGACAGGGGGAUUUACAGAGCGACAGUUUCUGACAGUCGAGGGGAGGAUGACACCAUGCUGGACCUCACAGGUGAAGUCCUGGAUGCCAUCUUCACUGAACUGGGCAGGAUUGGUGCUCUCUCUGCAACCCCCCUGAAAAUCCAGGGAACUGAGGAGGGGAUCCGGCUCUUCAGCAAGGUCAAGUACUGUAACAUGCAGUACAUGAAAACCACCUGGUCCCACAGAGAGAAGCGCCUGGAGAGUGGUGACCGGCUGAGGGCUGGCACCACCCUGGAUGAGAUCUGGCUCCACAUCCUGGACCCCAAAGACUCAGACAAGGGCAAAUACACCCUAGAGAUAGCUGCUGGGCAGGAAACCCGACAGCUCUCAGCUGACCUCUCGGGACAAGCUUUUGACGACGCCAUGGCUGAGCACCAGAGACUGAAAGCCUUGGCCGUCAUUGAGAAGAAUCGUGCCAAAGUGGUGAGGGGCCUGCCAGAUGUGGCCACAAUCAUGGAAGAUAAGACCUUGUGCCUGACCUGUGUCAUCUCAGGAGAUCCCUCCCCUGAAAUCUCCUGGCUGAAGAAUGAUCAGCCUGUCACCUUCCUUGACCGCUACCACCUGGAGGUGAAGGGGACGGAGGUCACCAUCACCAUCGAGAAGGUCAACAGUGAGGACAGCGGGCGCUACGGUGUCUUUGUCAAGAACAAGUAUGGCUCUGAGACGGGUCAUGUCACCAUCAGUGUGUUCAAGCAUGGGGAGGAGCACAGGGUGCUGGAGAAGAUGUGACGGGUGUGUUGGGGCACAACCUGAGGUCUGUCUUCAUGGACCAGUAGGGUCAACCAGUGGGUCACAGCCUGGCCAAGGCCAUGGGGGGUGGGGCCGGGUAGGCCCAGGACAAGGUGGUGAGAGCGGAGGGGACACACCAAAGUGGAGAGGCAAUAACCUUGCUGGUCUUGAGAGGCCUCGGGAGCCGCUGAAUCAGCCCUGGCUUGGAAUGGGGGACCUAUGUGCACGACCCAGUUGCAACUCUAACCUCUCUGUGAGCCUUGCCUUGCUCACCUAUUAAAUGGGAAUUUCUACCCCAGGGAUUGUUUAUGAAAACCCUUUAUAAACCAUAUGCCAGUGGUUCUCAGCAGGAGGUAGUUUUGUCCCCCAGGGAACAUUCGGCAAUGUCCCAAUUUUUGGUUGUCACAACUGGGGGUAGCUACUGACAUCUAGUAGGUAGAGGCCAGGGAUGCUCUCUACCACACAGAAUCACCUGUCCCUACAUGUCAACUUGGGUGCUGAGGUUGAGGAAUCCUGACAUAAACUGAUGUAUCACAAUAUUCUUCCUUUAGGAGUCUAUGUGUUCAAUUCAUUUAAGUUCCCUGAACGUUCAUGUGAAGUCUACUGUAUGCCAGACUGAGGAUAUUAGUGAAGCAUAAAGAUAAAUCAUAUGCAGCUCCCUCUCCCAAGGAGGCCUCAGCCCAGUAAGAGACAGAGCGGGGUGCACAAGGCAGAUGGUAAGGAUGAUAAAACAGAUCCAAAUGAAGUGCUGCUAGUGGUCAGAGAAGGGAGACAGAUGUUUGUCUCAGGAGGGGAAGGUGGGCUUUAAAACACCUUCACAGAACUGGCAGAAUGGAUGGGGGACCCUGAAAAAUGAGUCCGAUUUGGUGAUGGUAACGGGCAAAGGACAUUUGAGGAACAGAGCCAGGUGAGAGCAAAGGCAGGAAGGGGGAUGACACUGCCUGGGUGGGUGGCAUUGGGUGGCAGGCCGUAGAGUGGGGUGACCUUCAGGACCUCUGCCUGGUGUGACAGAUACUGGUUGGCCUUGCUUGAUGGACCUCAGUUCAGAACUGGGCAGCUCACCACCCUCCAAUUUCCUUCUUUUUUAAGAUUUGGAGGGAGUGGGGUUUAUAAAGUCAUAGAUGUUUGUUGUAAAACUUUGGAAAACCCUGAAAAUUAUAAAGGAAAAAAUAAAAAUCAUCUAUAUUCCCAGCACCGGG